CUUGUCAAAGUACCAAAUUUUAUACACUUCUCUGGCGCAUCAGUUCAGCUGUUUGUCAAUCAGCUGAUCAGCAUAAACACAACGUCAUUUUGAUUGCUCGCAGGAAUUGUUUUAACUGAUCAUUUGUAAUUUAUAUUUAUUUUCUAUCAAUUGAUGACACUCAUAAACAACGUUAUGAAGUCUUUUCGGGAGGUUCUUUCGAACGCCAGCAAUAUUUUGAUUUUAAGCGGUAGCGGAAUCUCCGCAGAAUCCGGUGUGCCGACUUUCAGAGGUGCCGGUGGAUUUUGGCGCAAAUACCAGGCGCCGAAUCUCGCGACGCCAGAAGCAUUUGCGGCAAAUCCUUCGUUGGUCUGGGAAUUUUACGAAUAUCGCAGGCAAUUGGUCAGCAAAGUCAAACCGAACAAGGCACACGAAGCCGUGGCGGAGUUUCAAAAACGCAAAAUAGCAGAAGGUAAAAGAGUAUCAAUUGUGACACAGAACAUUGACGGAUUGCAUCAAAAAGCCGGAGCGCAGGAUAUCAUAGAACUCCACGGCUCGUUGUAUAAAACACGCUGUACCAAAUGUCGCAAUGUUGCCGUUAAUGAGAAAUUGCCGAUCUGUCCGGCAUUGGCGGGAAAAGGAUCUCCUGAUCCGAGCAUCACGUCUUCUGAUAUUCCGAGAGAAGAUUUGCCGCAUUGUGAAGUCGAAGGUUGCGGAGCGUUGUUGCGACCUGAUGUUGUGUGGUUUGGCGAACAGUUGGACGAAAAUGUGCUAGAAAAAGCUCGUGAUAUUGUUGAUACUUGCGACGCUUGCUUGGUCAUUGGAACUUCAGCGAUUGUGUAUCCAGCGGCAAUGUUUGCGCCGCAAGUAGCGCAACGUAACGUACCUGUCGCGGAAUUCAAUAUAGAAGAAACCCCGGGAACAGGAAAAUUUCAGUAUCAUUUCAAAGGACCUUGUACUGUUACUGUGACAGAAGCAUUGGCGCCUUGAAAGGAUUGAAAUGUUACGACAUAUGUAAUAAAUAUACUUAUAUAUAAGCUCUUUUAUAUUUA